UGAGGUCCUUGACACCGAAGCACAUAAUAAUGCUCGGUCGCGUCGCCUCCGCCUCCGCCUCCGCCUCCGAUUGCGUCAUCGAGAUCGAUCGCGAGGAAUAUACGCCCCAUAUAUACUCUACUACUCGCCUUCGUCUCCUUCGCCCACACGUCACCGCCGCUCGCCGCCGCCGCCUCGCCGUUGACGGGCGGGAGGAAGGGCGGUGGCCAUGGGGAACGCGUCGUCGAUGCUCACCCAGUACGACAUCGAGGAGGUGCAGGAGCACUGCAACUACCUCUUCUCGCAGCAGGAGAUCGUGUCGCUGUACGAGCGAUUCUGCCAGCUGGAUCGGAGCGCCAAGGGGUUCAUCUCCGAGGACGAGUUCCUCUCCAUCCCGGAGUUCUCCCUCAACCCGCUCUCCAAGAGGUUGCUGCGUAUGGUUGAUGGGCUGAACUUCAAGGAUUUUGUUUCCUUCCUCUCUACCUUCAGUGCAAAGGCCAGCGUUCAGCAAAAGAUUGAGUUGAUAUUCAAGGUGUAUGACAUUGAUGGCAAGGGGAAGGUAACCUUCAAAGACCUGGUAGAGGUUUUGCGGGACCAAACAGGGUCAUUCAUGACAGAGGAACAAAGAGAGCGAGUAAUAACAAAUGUACUGGAAGAAGCUGGAUACACAAGGGAUUGCACGCUUUCUUUGGAAGAUUUUACCAGGAUUAUAGAUCAUCCUGGCCUAAAGAUGGAGGUGGAAGUGCCUAUUGACUAGUGGCCCGUGCAUACCUCUGGUUUUGGUUGCUGAACAUAACUGUGCAUAAUCAAUAGGACAUGCAAUGCAACAGAAGAACGGGCGUUCAUCCUUCUGCUUUCUUCUGUACUGUAGUUCCACAUGCCUCAACCCCAGUAGUUUGUUACGAUGCAUGACUGAAUCUUUUGCUCAUCUCGCCGUGAGCCUGUCAAUGUAAUUUAGUGGAUCUUGUCCCCUAUUGUAGAGACAAAAACUCCAAAUUUUGGCGAUGUGCACCGGUUUCACAUGUUGAAUUGUGUUGAUGCUUGAUGUGCACAUCCCAAGUCGUGAGAUCAAAUAUGGAUGGCUCAGAUUAAGUAUUAAUAGCCUAAGGCCUUGUUCGGUUA